AAUAUACCGAAAAUACAUUCACCAAAAUCUCAACUCCUAAUCCUAAAAGGUCUCAAAAAGCAAACAUAAAUUUGAAAUCUUCUUUAAAGAUCCCUAAUUAUCUCCUCUCAAUUCCCUAUCUAAUCUUCUUGAAAAAAAUCCCACAAAAUUCAAUUCAACACUUUUCUCUAUUGAGGUUUUCUUGUUUCAUUCAUUAAUUUGUUUCAUUUAAAAAUUGUUCGGAAAAAUCGCGAUAUGGGAUUGAAAUCUCUAUUCAAGAUCAAGAAAAAGCGCGUCCCAACAAGGGCGAACCCUUUCAUCCCCGAAAGUCCAAUGCCCGUGAAUAUAUCGAGGGUAUCCUCGAUAGAUUCACGUGCAAGGAUCGAGGAGGAACUAGAACAAGUGUUCAAGAAAUUCGAUGUGAACGGGGACGGGAAAAUAUGCUCGUCGGAACUGGGGUCCAUCAUGGCGAGCCUCGGGAACGCCGUGACGGAGGAGGAACUUGUCAGCAUGAUACGUGAAGUGGAUGCAGAUGGGGAUGGAUUCAUUGAUUUGCAAGAAUUCAUUGAGCUUAAUACAAAGGAUAUUGAUUCCGAUGAGGUAUUGGAGAACCUUAAGGACGCAUUCUCGGUGUUUGACAUGGACAAGAACGGUUCCAUCUCUGCUGAGGAGCUGCAAACCGUUCUCCAGAGCCUUGGAGAGGAUUGCUCAUUGGCAGAAUGCAGGAAAAUGAUUAGCGGUGUGGAUUGUGAUGGCGAUGGGAUGAUCAGCUUCGAGGAGUUUAAGAUUAUGAUGAUAAAAGGUUCUCGCUUUGACAUAACAGAUGCUAGGAUUGUGUAAAUUUAAUUAGGUUAUUUUAUCUGUUUUUAGUUUCAUGAAUUUAAUUCAAGAAGUAGGGUUCAAGCUCUAUCUAGCAAAAAAGAAAAAAGAAGAAAAGCAAGACUAGUAGUUGUUCUCACUGCCGAAAAAUUGCUAAUUCCCAAUGGAAAUUUUUCGAUGGAAAAUGUCGAAAUGUGGCUCGUCGAUAACAUUUUCGGCGGAUUUUUCUUUUAUCACAAAUCCCUUAUUGACGAGCCAAUUUCCAACGUGAUGUCUGUCGAAAAUUAGCAGUUUUCUGCCAGUGUCUCAUUUAUUUUAUUUUUAAUAUAUCUUUCGUUAGAAUUUCUUAUAGUUCCAAGUUAUGGAAUGAUGAGCGAAUGGGAUUAGAGGAUUUAAAGAAUUGUUAGUAAAUUAUUGAAA